AUGAGAUCACCAAAUAAAGACUUUCCUUUGGACACUGAGGAUUCUGCUCCUACUAAAGAUGUUGACUUUUGGGAAUAUGCUGGAGAUAACUAUGAUACCAAUGAGCCAACUUCUUCUUCAUCGUUUUCAAUGAAUGACUGCUUAUCGAGUGAAAUAGAGGAAAAUGUAGGGUCUGCCAAAGCUGUUGGAGAAAAUGCUUUGAAUGAAAAAGUCCAAAAGUCUCCUUGUAGGAAGCAGACGGCACGUAAGUCCGUGUGUAGGGGGAAUGUUAAUACAUCGAGUAGUCCAGAAGAAAUGAAUGUUGAACUGAAAUUAGAAAGCAAUGCGGAUGAUGAUGCAGCAAAUAUAUCUGCAAAGGUACUUCAUUUCUUCUGUCAGAAAUGUAAUAACGGAAUCCGAUACAGCCCAAACGAUCUUCAGAAACACUUUCAAAUAUUGCACAAUGGGGAACUACCCUUGUAUCCAUGUGAAAUGUGUAAUUUCUCUGCAAACGAUUUUCAGGUGUUCAAACAACAUCGAAAGACUCACCGGAGUGCGUUGGUCAAAUGUGAAAUAUGUAACAAUGACUAUAUGUAUACAUUGUUGGGUUUAACAAAACAUUUCUCAUCCAUGCAUUGUAUUAAUGGACGUUUUAGCUGCUCAAAAUGCAGAUUUUCAACCGUUGAUGUUGGCACUUUUGUUCAGCACAUUCACCGUCACAACGGCAUUGAAUAUGCCUGUCAAAAAUGCAAUCAUAUCAGCUUUUCGAGACUAGAAUUUCAGAGACAUCUGCAGGACCAUGCCACGCUGUUCCCAUUUAGUUGUCAAUACUGUAACUACAGUGCGAUGAGGAAAGAUUUCAUUGUAAAACACGUUUUAGCCAGGCAUAGGGAACAUGUUCAAACAAAAGACGAAUUUGUUGAAGAAACUUGUAAUUCACAGUUGGCGCAGACUGCAGCUGGGCUAAAGCUUCUUUUAAAAAAAUACCAAAUGGAAUCCCCAAACAAGGCAUUAUGGAGAAAGGAUGCCCAAGGCAUGAGUGUUGAAAAAGCGAGCGAAGACCAGCAGAGCACCAGUGGGUUACAAUAUAAACCCACUGAAGAUGGGCAAAUGGUGAAAGAGUUUACAACAUAUAAUUACGAUCAAGCUAGUAAAGAUGAGAUUUCUUCUGUAACUACUAUUAAGUGCAACUCAGAAGAUGGCAGCCUCUUGCAAAAUGCAGUUCAUGGACCUACUGUACUGAUGGUGAAGAACAACAAAAUUAAUGUUCCUGCAAACUACUGUGCAACUUUUAUGGGAUACAAAAUGGUGAAUGGAAAACAAAAUCUUGUUAUUAAACUGCUGCCCUCAAAUAAGCAGGCAGCGCAUUCUUUGAAGACCUCCUCUCCUUCUGCAAGUAGUAUGUCUCGUGUAUCUCAGAGCCCUAGUCGUUCCUAUAGUUUAUCGUCCAACGGCAUGGAUAGUAGGUCAGCCCAGCCAUUUAAGUAUUCUACACAGUGUUCCCCAUCAUCUGCAUCGACGGAAAGGAACCUGGGACCUGCCCACAGUAUGAGCCAACCAGCCACACCUACUCACUUCAUAGCAAGAAGAAAUCAGUCUCCAGUAUCUAUGAAAUCCGGAUCUGCAAAUAGUCAAGCAUUUUUUGAAACUAUACGUAAAGACUUAAGGUGCCACACUAUGCCAAACUCGUCUUACAGUAGCGACUUUACAAGAAAAAUAAAGGAAGAACCAGAGGAUUUCAGUAUUAACGAACAGCAAAAUUACAUGCAUGUGGUCAAUGAUCAAAAGAGCUGUGAUACUGGUGGUGGGCGAAUGAAUCCAUCUUCGGUGUCAAGCUAUUUAAAUGUGAAUUCAAAAGCUGACAAUCUGUACAGACAUCGUCAUAACAGUGAAAGCAGUGGACUAACUGCAAGAGCCUUGUACACAAAAGAUAGUGAGCUAAGGAGCUCUACAUUACCAACUUCAACAGCCAGUAGUCAUGGACGAUUUGCUUCUGCAAAUGCAAACUUCCAGUCUAAAAAUGACUUUUUAAUGAGAAAUGCCAGUUUGGCAGAAAGACAGCAAAGAUCACUGGAAAGUAUGAGAUGUAACAAUAUGGCUUCCAUGCCAAGAAUUACUUCUGUUUUCUCUUUAAAUAAUCGAUCUGAGGCGUCAUCAUCCUCUACAUCUCCAAAAAAUACCUACCUGCAUAAUAUGCUGCAAGAAAAUAAAAGGAUAAAUGAUAAAGGAUAUCUAGCCAAAACACCAAGUCCACUUAUUGGUAGCAAUACAUUUACUUCUCCAAAACAGUCCCCAUCUAACCCACCUUCAAAAUUUGACCCCCGUGUAUCAAAUGGGGACAGUGUUUUAAAAGGUAGUGUCACCAAUUCAGGAUUCAUGUUGAAACAAGAACAGGAAACUUCUGGAUCAGGCUUGAAAUCCUAUUCAUUAACUGUAAGUGAACUUCUAAAGUCACAUUCUGAUUCCAUUGUUAAUCAACAGCUUGCAAAAGAGAAAAUAAGCAGCAUGGUAAGAGUGCCUACUGGAUCAUCUGGUUUACAGCUAGUUCGGAAUCCACAUCCUUCCAGUAUUUCCCAUCCGAAUAGUGUUUUGUAUCCACCUUCCAACCGUUUUCUCCUACCAGUAAUACCUACCAGCCAAUCUAACGUUAGGAUGGUUCGCAAAAUUGUGAAUGCUCCAAAUUCUGUAGGCAUGUCUGCCCCUAACAGGGCCAAUGCACCCUUAACGAUAAAUACAAAACCUGGUAUGGUGUUAACUUUUACCAAUGGACCUUUUGGUACCAUCCGAAAUAUGUCAAGUGUUGCUUCUCAAGGAGUUUCAGCAGUCGGCAACCAAGCUAAAUUUCCUCUUCCUAGAUUACAGCAUCCUCCUGCACCACAGACUUUGAAGACAGACUUUAGAGACAUUGGUAAAUCUCAAAAUGUAUCUGGUAACAUCCAUUCUGGCUCUACCACAGCAAAAAACCUUCCCAUUAAUCUGAAUUUACUCCAGUAUUGUAUUAAUUCUGGUUCCUCAACUGUGACAACUGGAAAUAUGGGAUCUGCUGCCAAUCACCAAGAAUCUCUGCAGAAGCAGCCUGUAUAUGCCAUUUUACCUGAUGGAAAACAAGCAGUCCUGUUAAAUUAUGUUUUACCAAAAGCUCCAGCUGUUUCACAGAGAUCGGCUCAAGGAGAAAGAUUCAUUCCGAAAAUUCUACCAAAGAAAACAGAAGAUUCGCAGCAGACUAUGUUCUUGAAUAAGAAUGGAGCCAUACCAGUGACCUCGAUAAAGAAAGAGGACACAAGUUUGGAUAAUGGAUUUACAGGAUCAAAUGACCACCGUAGUUCUUUCUCUUACCCCAGUAGCUCUGCAGAACGAAAGCCUUCUCUCCGGUCUACCUCAAACUUGGCUUCAGCUGAAUGUCUAAAUUCCACACAGAAAGAAAAAGAUGCAAUGCUUUCCUCUGCAAAUGCAAAGGUACCCAAUUUAAGAUGUAGGCAAAGUAUACCAAACACUUGGAAUACACGAAACCGGUCAAUGAAAAGAAAAGCAUCUGUUGACUCUAGUCUCAGUAGAGUUGAUUUUGAGGUGAGAGAGAGAGCAGCUAAGAAGAAAACUGAAAAUGUCCAGGAACCACCAAGAAAGAAAAUGUUGCACAGAAAAUGUAAAGAGAAGACCAAUUUUAGUGAAACUGAAAAUGCCACCGACCUUGCUGGACCAAAACAAACCAAGGAAGUUGUUAGUACUUUAAGACUGUAUCCUUUCGAUUCUAACCAACUUGUGCAGUGUCCUCGAAAGAAUCAACCUGUUGUAGUUUUGAACCACCCUGAUGUAGAUAUUCCUGAAGUAAUUAAUGUGAUGAACACUAUUUCAAGAUUCAGUGGUCAUAUUGUAAAGGUGACCUUAUCCAAGAGCGCACUUGAAGCUCUCCUUGAGUCUAAGCUCCGUAGUGGUGAAAUGGUUUCUGAUGGGUUAUCUGGAAGACGUCAUAGAAGGGCAAAGCCAGUUAGUCCUGUAAAAGAAAGGUUUGUUCUCAAGUUAACCCUAAAGAAAACCAGUAAAAACAACUACAAAAUUGUGAAGAACACUCCUGGGAGCAAACUCAAGGCAAAAUUUAACUGUUGGUUUUGUGGUAGGAUAUUUGACAAUCAAGAUGCAUGGGUUGGUCAUGGACAAAGACACCUUAUGGAGGCAACAAAAGAUUGGAACACUCUAUUUUAG